UAUGAAUUCUCUUGAUCGACUAAAAUAGCAAUUCUAAAAAACUACAAGUUCUUUAUCAAAUUUCCAUAAGACAGCUGCUAAUCUAGAAAGAUAGGCAUAUUUUUAAGGACAAUUUGAUAUUCUUGCAUAAAUAAUAUCAUUUCCAUCUAUGGAUGGACUAAUUGAAUGGGUAAGAAAAAAAAGUGAUGAAGUAUUACAAAUAUUAGAGAAGAAUAGUGUACGAUAUUAAAUAUCAAAACAUCCUUUAUUGACAUCUGAGCCUGCUGCUUUUAAAAUGAAGACUACAUUUUUAGAAGAACCUCAACCUUAAUAAUUUUAAUAACAACCAUAAAUGUAAAUGAAUCAAACUUCAUUUGAGGAAGAGAAUUGCAAUUAAUAUUUUACAUAAAAUAAUAGCUAAUAUGACUAUAAGAAGAAAAGGAAAGAUUAAUAAUACAAAAACUUAUGA